AUGAUACACUCUGCAUACGCUUCUGUUGAAAAUUUGUGGCGAGACAUUCCUGUGGGACCGGGAAUCCAAAUUCUUGGAAGGGCUGAAACCUCGCCUUCCUCCGAGCGGGGCAUGGCAUCGAACAGCAUCUUCGAUUCCUUCCCGACCUACUCGCAGACCUUCAUCCGCGACCCGAGCACCAGCCGCCGCUUCACACCUCCCUCCACGGCCUUCCCCUGCGGCGGCGGCGGCGGCGGCGGCGGCAAGAUGGGCGAGAACAGCGGCGCGCUGACCGCGCAGGCGGCCGUGGGCCCCGGCGGGCGCGCCCGACCCGAGGUGCGCUCGAUGGUGGACGUGCUGGCGGACCACGCGGGCGAGCUCGUGCGCACAGACAGCCCCAACUUCCUCUGCUCCGUACUGCCCUCGCACUGGCGUUGCAACAAGACGCUGCCCGUCGCCUUCAAGGUGGUGGCGCUGGGGGACGUGCCAGAUGGAACGGUGGUGACGGUGAUGGCGGGCAACGAUGAGAACUACUCCGCUGAGCUGCGCAACGCCUCGGCCGUCAUGAAGAACCAGGUGGCCAGGUUCAACGACCUCCGCUUCGUGGGCCGCAGUGGGCGAGGUAAAAGUUUCACGCUGACCAUCACCGUGUUCACCAACCCCACGCAAGUGGCCACCUACCAUCGUGCCAUCAAAGUGACCGUGGAUGGACCCCGGGAGCCUAGACGGCAUCGGCAGAAGCUGGAGGACCAGACCAAGGCGUUCCCCGACCGCUUCGGGGAGCUGGAGCGUCUGCGCAUGCGGGUGACGCCCAGCACGCCCAGCCCCCGGAGCUCGCUCAGCACCACCAGCCACUUCGGCAGCCAGGCCCAGACCCCCAUCCAAGGCACCUCGGAACUGAGCCCCUUCUCCGACCCCCGCCAGUUCGACCGCUCCUUCCUGCCGCCCCUCACGGAGAGCCGCUUCCCCGACCCCCGGAUGCAUUACCCGGGGGCCAUGUCAGCCGCCUUCCCGUACAGCGCCACGCCCUCGGGCACCAGCAUCAGCAGCCUCAGCGUGGCCAGCAUGCCGGCCACCGGCCGCUUCCACCACACCUACCUGCCGCCGCCCUACCCGGGGGCCCCGCAGAACCAGAGCGGGCCCUUCCCGGCCAGCCCGUCCCCCUAUCACCUCUACUACGGCGCGUCCUCGGGCUCCUACCAGUUCUCCAUGGCGGCCGGCAGCGGAGGCGGCGGCAGCGGCGGCGACCGCUCCCCGACGCGCAUGCUGGCCUCCUGCACCAGCAGCGCCGCCGCGGUCGCCACCGGCAGCCUCAUGAACCCCAGCCUGGGCGGCCAGAGCGACGGCGUGGAGGCCGACGGCAGCCACAGCAACUCGCCCACCGCGCUGAGCACGCCCGGCCGCAUGGACGAGGCCGUGUGGCGGCCCUACUGA